UCGUCCGGUUCAAUCCCCAACCCUGCGGUACCAAUCCGUUUAAUCGUUACGGACAAAAGCAAAGAAAAGAGAAAAAGACCAGAGCUAGCAAGAGAUCGACUAUCUCAGAUCCCAAUCCGCUCAAAAGAUCUGAACAAUGUCUUCGACCUUCAGCGGCGAUGAGACUGCUCCAUUCUUCGGUUUCCUCGGCGCCGCUGCCGCUUUGGUCUUCUCAUGCAUGGGGGCAGCUUAUGGAACAGCGAAGAGUGGGGUUGGAGUGGCGUCGAUGGGUGUGAUGAGGCCGGAGCUGGUGAUGAAAUCAAUCGUCCCGGUUGUCAUGGCUGGUGUGCUAGGUAUUUAUGGAUUGAUCAUUGCUGUCAUCAUCAGUACCGGAAUUAACCCUAAAACCAAAUCCUACUACCUGUUCGAUGGGUACGCUCACCUGUCUUCCGGUCUGGCUUGUGGCCUUGCUGGCCUAUCUGCUGGAAUGGCCAUUGGAAUUGUUGGAGAUGCCGGUGUCAGGGCUAACGCACAGCAGCCCAAGCUAUUUGUUGGGAUGAUCCUUAUUCUUAUUUUUGCUGAAGCUUUGGCACUUUAUGGUCUCAUUGUUGGCAUUAUCUUGUCUUCUAGAGCUGGCCAGUCCAGAGCAGAUUAAAAAGCAAAACUGUGGGUAACAACUACUACAUUAUUGUAAGUUGUGUGUUACACUUUGGAAGAAAAGAAAGACACCAUUUUCUUAAAAGUUCAGAAACUUCAGAUGUUCCAGGGUGGUCUUCAUUCUUUGACUCUCAUUCCUUUUCCCUCGGUUAUUUGUUUGUUUCCUUUUUUUAUUCUGUGCUCAUAACUUAAUAAGUAGUUUUCUUGUACUGAUAAUUAGUAUUACGUACUUAGUUUUGUGCUGAAUAAGAGUUCUUGAAUGUGUUCAUCUCUAAAUUUUGCCCAUUUGUGUGAUGACUUUUAAUGUUCGUGCAUUAUAACGUGUUUGGUUAGGACAUCACUUAUAUGGAUCUUGUUUUCGUUCAAAUUACUGCCCGGUGAGGCGGUGACAAAUAAUUAGUAGGUGAAUUUGGCACAUUGAGCCCAUGUUUACCCCAAUAUAUGACUUAGCAAACUUGGCACGCUGAUUAAUAUGAUAAUAUCUGUGAGACUGACUGUUGCACCCUAUAGCAAUGGGUGCAACUUUAAUAUCAUGUUUAAUUCAUUGGGUGCAAAGUCUAAUGUAAGCAAUGUGCAUUAGGA